AUGGAACUGGAAGUCUCGGGCGCACAGGAAGUCAUGAGGGACAAGACUUGGAAUCUCGCCAUCGAUUACAUCGACAAGAACAGUACCACCAGUACAAGUGAAGCCGUCUCCAACGGCGUCUGGAACGAAAUUCUCCGGAGAAACUUCCCCUUUCCGAAAUUUAUCAUCGCCCCGGAACAAAGACAGACUACAAGACAGCGCCCGGAUCUCACAAUAUUCUUCGUGGAUAAUGCCAACAGCGAAUGGCAUCCCGUCUUCACUUUCGAAGGCAAAGCUCCCUACCAUAUCGAUAAGAACUCCAAAAUCCAAGAUGGGAUUGCCCAAGCCGCUGGUUACGUCCCAAGCCUAUCAUGGUCCAACCACGAAGAGAAACACAAGAAUGAGAAAUCUACGCAUGGGAUGUUUGCUUGCGGCAAGAGCUUCAUGAUCCUGAAAUAUGACAUCGACAAGAAAACGGUAUCCCGAGUCGUUCCCGGCAAGAAAGAGGUGACAAGUAAGGAUUUAACGACGGCUUCGUCUCUCGCUACUGACGCAAAGAACUUUGAUGACUUCUGCAAACGCAUUGCAGACUCGUUCCACUGA